ACACGAUCCUCCUUCCCUACACAUAAAGCACCGACAACAAAAAUUGUAAAGAUACAAAAAAAAACCUGGAAAUCAAGUUAUAGCCUUGAAGAUAUUUUGUUCCCUUUAAAUUAUCAUCCUGAAAGACCUUCAUUUAUUCCUCCUCUUAAGAGAAGAAGUUAAUCAUGUUCAUCUAAGUGUAACUCAAUACAUCCGCUUUUUCUUGUCUUAAAUACUCUAUUGAGGUCUGCCAUCGUUUUUCUUGCUAUUUAUAUAUUCAAAAAGUAUCUACCGAAUUAUCUAUUUAAAAAAUUUUCGAUUUCUUUGCUUCUCCUAAUAAUCAUUAACAAACAAGGAUUAUACACUUUUUACUUUGCGAACUUCUUUUUUCAUUAAUUGUAAAAAAUUUGAGCCGUGAUUCAGCUUACUCUUUGAUUUUCUUGUGAAUUGAAGGAUUCUAUCCCUAUCCUUCUUUAAAUGAGUGAUUGAUUGAUUCCAAUAAUCGGUUUUUGAGUUUUCCCUUUUCUAUACCAAAAAUACUUGUAAAGGAAAAAAUUAUUUGCUUUUGUGAUACCGUCGGUUUUCAUUUUAUUUUUUACUGUUGUCAAGCUUGUCUUUGUAUUGUUAAUCCUAUAUUAUAACCAUGUCUUAUUCAAAAGAAUUAUCUUCUCGUCGGCGGGGAUCCGAGCCAAAUGGCCUUAAUUCAUAUAACAACGAAGAAAAACAUAGACGCUCUGAUGCAUACGAGGAAGCUUUAGGCGGACAUAGAGUUUUAAUGGAUACGACUUCCAAUCAAGACGAGUUUGAUCGCCGAAGGGGUGGAUUUCACCAUAGUACAGGUCCUUCCCGCUCCAGAUUCAACGGUAGACCUCCCAAAUCCCGAGGUCCUAAAAAGAAAAAUAAGUAUAGAAAACCUCCGUUUUCUCCUCAACGAUCCCCGAUUUCCCCUGAAUUUGAUCGUUCGCGCAAGCGGCCGUUCUUUUCACGUUCCCAUUCAAGUCCUACCUCUCCUCCUCGGUCCCCUCCACCUCCUCCCCCGUCUUCUACUUACCAGGUUCCUCAAUCUAAACAGUCUCUUCCUCCUCCUCCUCCUCCUCCUCCUCACCCUUCUGGGUUACCUCGUUUUCCAUCAGCCAAUUCAUCUUCUAAGAUGCCCUCAAUUCAGUCUCGAUCAAGCAAUCUUCCUAGUAAGGAAACCCCAGAAGAUUUUAGAUCAAAUCAAUAUUCUACAAAGAAAUCAAGUCCUACCAGCUCUGGUAUCUCUCAUCGCGAUCCUAAUAUCCGUGGGAAUCAACCUAGCCGUUUUCGAUUUAAUAUUCCGCAUGAGCCAGCGCCUUCUAGACGUUCACGAUUUGAUCAGCCUCCUUCUAAAAGGAUGGUUUUGAAUUCACCUCCCCCAAGCAUUACGUGUGUGCCACCAAAAGAACCGAUCUAUACCUAUACGUAUGGAAAGUCUGCGUACGAAAAAGUAGAUCAGAUUGGUGAAGGCACAUACGGGAAAGUAUACAAAGCAAUUAAUAAUGUAACAGGAGAAUUAGUGGCUUUGAAGCGAAUUCGCUUAGAACAAGAAAAGGAUGGGUUUCCAAUCACUACAGUUCGUGAGGUAAAAAUUCUUCAGCGCCUGCGGCAUAAAAACAUUGUUAAAUUAUUAGAAAUUUUGGUUGAAAAAAAUUCUGUGAAUAUGGUUUUUGAGUACAUGGAUCAUGAUUUGACGGGUGUGUUACUUAAUUCUCAACUGCAUUUUACACCAGGAAAUAUCAAGCAUCUGUCGAAACAACUCUUUGAAGCCUUGGAUUAUCUUCAUCAUCUCGGUGUGAUUCAUCGGGACAUAAAGGGAUCUAACAUACUACUAAACAAUAAUGGAGAUUUAAAGUUUGCAGAUUUCGGUCUUGCAAGGUUUAAGACUUAUCCUAAGGCUGGCGCAACUUACACCAAUCGAGUUAUUACUUUGUGGUUUCGACCUCCGGAGCUACUUUUAGGAGAAACAAAGUAUGAUAGUGCUGUGGAUAUCUGGAGCGCCGGAUGUAUUGUCAUAGAGCUUUUCAUUGGAAAGCCCCUUUUCCAAGGGAAAGAUGAAAUACACCAGUUAGAAAUUAUUUACGAUUUGAUGGGAACACCCAAUAUAGAAUCCUGGCCAGAGGUUAAAAAUAUGCCAUGGUAUAACCUUUUAAAACCACCUCAUGAAAAGUCUUGUCGCUUUCUAGAAACCUUCCGAGAAAAACUUACACCUGCGGCAAUUGAUCUAUGUCAGAAAUUGUUAUCCCUUAAUCCUGCUCAUCGUCCAUCAGCUCAUGAGGCUUUGAUGCAUGAAUAUUUUGUUUCGGAAUCGCCCCCUCCUGAACCAGCUGUAAUUUUAAAAGAUAUGCAAGGUAGUUGGCAUGAAUGGGAAGGAAAAAAACGACGUGGAAAAAGAUGAACCAUCUUUUUUUCUUAAAUUCAUUCAAAAAGGUCAAAUCGUUAUGACAAUAUUACUUUUAAGGGUAUCUAUUACGUUUUUGUUUAUACUUAUAUAUAUCCUUUCUUAUACAUAAUGUACGUCUCUGAUAAAAGUCGCCGUCUUGUAUACUUUGAUAGACGUUAAAAAAUCAAACAAUUAAUACUAUAAUUCCCUUUUGACUCGUGUAUAUACUAUUUCACUUGCAGCGACUAUUUAACAAAUAAUAAUGUGACCUUAAGCAUCCUUCUCUGAAGCUUGGAACUCAUCAUCUCUUCAGUCCUUCAAAUCAGUAUAUCUCUAUGUCUUUAAGAUUGUUUCAAUCGCGU